AUGUGGACUGGCUCUAGCUUUGAAUGGGCAAGUAUACAAAGGCGUCGAAAUAAUGAGCAAGAAAGAAAAGAGAGGAUUUUUAAUGAUAAAGUGAGAACCAUCGGUGUUGACAAGGUAGGCCUUGACAAGCAGGUUGAUGACCACAAGAAGAAGAAGGAUGCAGAAGAACUGGAGCAGAGCUCUUUUGAGGCCCAAUUUCUACAUAAUAGCAAGCAAGCGUACCUUCUCCAUGUCAAAGAAACAAAGGAGAAACGUGCACAGGAGAAGACCAAUUUUCAGGAACAAUAUCAGCAUGUAAUCCAGGAGAGGUUGAACCGGGAUGACUCUGAAAAACCACUUGAACACAUGAUGCCCCCUGGAAUGGCAGGUGAGGACCCGGGAAGUGAAAGCCGAAUACAGAGGCAAAAAGAACAACUAAGGGAGUGGCUUCUCCAGCAACAGACAGAGCAAGCCGAGGAGAAAGAAAGACAGAGGAUGGAUAAAUUGAAUUACGACAAAUUCAGAGUUCAUAUUGACAAAGUAGCAAUGCAACUGGAAAACAUUGAGAUGGAGAAAAGGAAACAAAAUGCUGUGGAGAUGAACGAAUUCAAUCAGGCCAUGGCCAUAGAGAAGGAACGUCAUGAACGGGAACUGAAGGAUGACCCCAGAGAGAUAAAGCCGAGUCAGGUAGGGGUACCUGGAAUUUUUCACAGCUAUGAUAGAAGGCCACGUCCCGAGAGCUAUCAACAAAUGCAAAAAUUCUGGAAUCUUCAAGUAGAAGAGAAAAUGAUGACAAAGUUAGAGGGGAUCAAAGAAAAGAAACAAUAUGCUCGUUGGUGCUCCAACGCGGCCCGCGCGGCAAUGAUUAUACAGAGACAGCAGGAACGACAGAAGAAGGAGCUGCGGCAAGAGCUGGACUACGACAACAGCACUACAGCCGAAUAUGACAGACGCAACAGACCGGACAUUAAAAGAGGACGCAUUGAUGAAAGCUUCUUUGCCAAAUUCAAUACCUGCAGUCGUUGA